UUAAAUCACUGUAAAUAACUAAUACUUUGUCUUAAAGUCUAUCUUCAACGAGUUUGAAUUUUAUUUUUCCAUACCGAUCUACCCAGACUCUUUUAAAUAGAAUUUCUAUUGUUAACCUAAGUCAAAGGAAGAAUUUGCCGGUGUGUACCGUAAUAACGACUUUUAAACAUGACACUUAUCGACGGUAUCAAUUGGACACCGAUAAGAACGAUAGUUGCCCAUACAUGCCCAAUAUAAAAAGUGUACUAGAAAACUCACACAUACGCGCAUCAACAGGGUAUGUUAUGGUUAUGUUAUUGUCGUUCAGAUUCUUUGAGAGACAUCGAUAUUGUCAAGAUCAUGGAAAGAGAGUAAGGUGAUGUUAAAUUUGUGUAAGUUAUCAUAUGAGAGAAAUACAAAAUGGAGGACGACGUAGAAAUAGGGAACAAACUUAGGCAAUAUCCAUCAAGCUUUGACCUUUAUGAAGAUAUUAAAUCAAUGUCCAAAGAUUGUGAUUGUCUUAAGAAACAUAUGGAAAGGUUAGUUAACGAGGUUGAAUCCAAUCCAUACGACAAUACCAUGGAAAAGCUUCGAGCUUGGAACUUCAUCUCGUUUCUAAGUUUCAUUUUAGGCAAUAAAAAGGAUGCGUUUAAGUAUAACUCAAAAGUGUUAGAGCGAAGCAAAUAUAAUAUUAUUGGUUUAUGUAAUAAGGCGUGGUUUUUGUUAAAGAUGCAAGAGAAUUACAAUGUUGUCCAUGACUUAUGUAAUCAGCUAAAUGAGAGUAUAAAAAAUAAGAGCAAUAUGUUGUUUGCAAAGGCAGAAAAGGCUUUUUGUUAUUUAUGUUUUGGCACUGAACGAAAUGAAAAGUCUCGUCACUUAUUUAAAGACGUUCUUUCUGAAAUCCAUGAGCAGAAUAUAGACUUUUCAGGUGAAACAGAUGGUUCUGAGAAUAUGUUAACCCAAACAGACAAUAACUGUGUCUUGAACUUUAGUUACGCCCUUACAUACAAACGAGCGUUAAACUUGACUAAAACUCACGACGCAUCAUUAUUCGAUGUGUCCACACAGCUAGAUAUGAUAAAGAAGGUUUGUAAUAUUUAUAGUGAUAUCCUUCAUUUUGAAGGAGACAGUUCAUGUCUUAAACAUUACCAGGGAAGAUCAUACGUUGAAUUAGGGUUAAUAGACGACUAUAUUGGAAAAAAUAAGUCUGGAUUUGAAACUGUAAAUGGCAUAAAGGAUUUCUUAUCUGACCGAGAUAUUUGGUUGAGUACCAACGAAUUUUUUGAAAAAGCAGAAAGUUUUUGUCCAAAUGAUGUGUUUGUGUUAGAAAGAUGUGGUACAUAUUUUCGAGACAUACACGAUACUGGCAAAUCAAUCUCUCUUCUUGAGAAAGCAAUAAAAAUAAGAGAAACCUCUUAUUCCCAUCAUCAUCUUGCACUUUCCUUUAAACAACAAAUGGAACCAGAUGACACUGAUGUAUCUGCCAUGCUUAAACAAACAUCUUUAGACAUAGGUAAGGAAACAUUAUCAGCUGUUUCUAAUAUGUCAGUAGAAGAUCAUGAUAAAAAAACACAUAUGGAACUAAAGGAACAAAACGCUUCAGCCAACUCUGAUGAUGGGAAUGUUUCAUCUAAAGUUGAAACCUUUAGAGGGCGCCUUAGUGGAAAUCAACCUGACUUGAGAAGUAGAGAUAAUGUUUCGUUUAAAAGAGAAACCGAUACAAGAUGUCAUAAUGAAAAUUUACGUUGCUGGGGAAGUAGAGGUGGCGUGUCAUUUAGAGAGCCUCUUGCAGAUCAUCAACUUGGCUCGCGAAACAGAGGUAAUUCUCCAUUUAAAACAGAAAUCAUGAGAGAAUGUAAUAGUGAAAAUCAACAGGGCUGGGGAAGUAGUGGUCCUCUAGGAAAUUGUAACGAGGGAAAUGUCGAAGGAAUUUCGGAUUCGGGGUCUUCGUACACCGCACGUUUCGGGAUCAAAUGUCCAAAAGAACCAAAGCUAAUUAACAAGGAAAAACACAAAGAUACCAUUAAACAAAUAAUUUUUCAUUUAGACAAAUCGUUUGAAUUGUCAAAUAAUUGUGAAGCUAUUUAUGACAAAGGAUUACUUUACAGACAAAUAAAAGAAUAUGACAAAGCUUUGGCUACGUUUAAGACUCUCAUCAGAAACGAAGGUGGACACUGUUCGCUUGUACAAUUAUCAAAUGCUUAUGAACAAGCAGGCCUAUGUCUUUACGACAUGCUUUUUAAAGAAAAAAAUAAAGUUUAUGAGGUUGACAUGAAAACGUAUUUCAAAAAAUCGAUAGAAAUAUCCUGCUGGAUUGUUUCGAAAAUUCCGUUUCUUAAAGAAUGUUGGGUGUCAGCCCCUACGUUAAAAGAGUUUAUAUCUGGAAAAGCAAAAACCGUUGAACAGCUUAAAGACUUAUUCUUCUUGUCAAAGAAGUUUGAAAAUUAUAGCGAAGCGAUAGAAGUUCUUAAAGACCUGAAAGAACUGAGUUCAGAUGAAAAUGAAAAGGUUAAAUUAGAUAUACAGCUUGUUGAAAGCUACCUAAGAAGUGGAAAUUAUGAUGACGCUGUACUUGCCUUGGAUGCGAUUGUUUGUCUACAAAAUGGGUAUGCACUUGUCGAUGAAAAAAUGUAUUUGCAGGCUCACAUUGAAGGGGGAAUCGUUGCAUGGAAACAAAAAACAUUUGAAGUGGCAGGCCUUCGACUGAGAAAUGCUCUUGAUUUUUAUAGACAUCAUCAAAAUGUUCAUGACAAUGAAUGCCAUAAAAACGAUACUGAUAAAGAAGAUGAAAACUUUGACGUAUUCAUUCUUUGCAAUGAGAAAAUUCAGGAAAAAAGCAUGAGCUUAAAGCAAAUUUUAACCGCUUUUAAGCUUAGAGUAACGAUUAACUUCCAAGAUUUGUUACCAGGAACUCCAAAAAUGACCGGAAUAUGUCAACAAUUUCGACAUUCGAAACACUUUCUGCUUGUUAUCGAUGAAAUACCAUUAGACCGUAUAGAUUAUCAUUAUUUUGAAAUGAUGCAAGAGGUCGUUUUGAAUAGAAAUUAUGGUCAUAUAGUGAUUGUUAAGACCUGUAAUGAUGCAAAGAUACCUUUCCAUCUUUCAAAAUACCCCAGCAUGGAAAUGAAUGUUCAGGCUGGUGAGGUUCUUGAAAACGAGAGUCUGUGUGAAACGAUUAAAGCACUUCUGUUCAAGUUGGCUAGCAGCAAGUAAAGGGCAUGAGUCAAAAGAUUAUUUAAAUUAAGCACAAUGGUUAAAAUGAUUUUUCAUAAAUGAGGCAAAUUAUAUUCACAGUUUUGAAUUAUAUAAUUAUGUAUGUGCCAAGUCUUCAUGGCGAGAGGCAAGCAUACAGCACAAGUUAAUAGAUUAUCAUUAUUGAAAAAGGUUUAAAUAAACUGAAAUAUGUUGUGGAAAAUUAAAUUCACAGAGUUAUGAACUGUGUAAUGUAUUGUGUGCCAAGUCUUCCUAGAAUGUCAAAAAAGACGCACGGUUCUAUUUCAGAUUGUUAAAAUAUUUUUCUUGAAUGAUGCAUUAGUACGAUUGUACUCUGAUUCUUUUUGAUUAUUGAAAUUUACUUAGUUGUGUUAAGCGUUUUAUGUUGCCUAAUUUGUUGUAUACCAUCACUUUCCAGAAUGUGAAAAGAGACAUAGCUAUAGAUUAUUCAUUCUGCUGUUCAUAUCUUAUAAUGUCAUCACCAUUUCUAUUUUCGUUUGUUAAUUGCAUGACUUUAUCAUUGAUUUUAAAAGGCAUUUUUGACUGAAAGAAUAUUGAUUUCAAAUGUUUAAUACCGAUAUGCUAAGUUGUGGGGUGUUUUUUUUAUUGUUUCAGUAUAUUAGAUCAUGAUAUAAGAUAACGACACAAUAAUCACAUUAUAUAUUCAACGUUCAGUAAGAUAACAUUUUAUCUAUGUAGGUCAUCAUCAUUGUAAUUUUGCAUUAUCAAUAUUAGAUAGUCAAUUAUAUGCAUGUAGAUAUAUUUUAGUUAAACUUAGUUUAUUUCAUUUUUUAAUUCACAAAUUUUAUGUAUAUCUCUUUGUAUGCAAUUGUAGUUAGUUUCGAAUUUGAAAUUAAACACAUAAAAGUGAGUCUGUUCUUUCGACUUGGAGUGAAAGCAUGCCUGUGAUAUCUUACUUUUGUCCAUUAAUUUAUCAAAUUUUGAACAUUCUGGUUGUAUUAACUGUUGAUUUUUGCGGAAGGCAAUGCUUUAUUUUGUAACGAAAAAGAAAAACGAAUGAAUUGAAUGUUCCGUGUGUCCGGAUGAGUCGAUAUAUUUUCAAGAGAAGUACACUCUAUAUAUUACGAGUAUAAGAAAUUCAAUAUGUAUAUGUAUUUACAACCGAUGUUACUUAUUUCACGUCUCGUGAAAAAUAUGGUUGUACAAUUUUUUUAUUAGCAUACCAAUAUUUCUGUCCGAGGCAUAUUUCACAAAUUAUACAUUUAUGUUAUUUUUUUGUAUAAUAGCAAGUGCCUUUGUCACUUUUCAAUGUACUCCUUCCUACGAACAUUUCCUGUUUUCUUUUCUUCUUUUUUUUUUCUUUUGAUUUUAUUGUUAAUAAACGUUUAAUCGUGUCUGUAUUUUUAUAUUAAACAAGAAAAUGUAAAAUAAGUAAUAUAUGCCGCGCUGCAUUAUCAGAAAUGUUUAAAAUAUAUGUUCUGGGCGUGUUUGAAGAAGGGCUUGUCAUAACAUCCAGAUAAUGUUGCUUACAGAUGACGUUUUGAUUUUCAUCUGCUAUUAAGUGGUGUUGUAUAUCCUUUUCAAUUGUAUGUACCGGCAUUUUAAAUGUGUUAAGCUUUUGUUUUAAUUUGUAACUGUGAUAGUUUUUCUAAUAAAGGAUGAUGUUUUAAAACGGCGUCAAAUAUUUCUUAUGAAUGUCAUAAGGUCGUUUCCAUGUCAUGAUUAUACUUCUAUCAAUAAAUUAAACGUUGUAAGUUUAUGGGAUUUGUUUUUAACUAAUAUACCCUCAACAACA